CCUUAAACUGAAUUUUUUUCCUCUACAGGCUCCAAGCCGUUCUGAACGAAUGCUACCGGAUAGGAAACCAGAUAAAGCUUUGUACAGACCUCCACCUCUCAGAACAAGUACUGACAGUCCUCGCCAGUCGGUUAUGAAGAGCGAUGAAAUAAGAAAUAUUUCAUGCAAGGAGCCAUCGAGAAAAGCUUCUGGUGAUGCCGAAAGUAUCCAGACGUUAUUGAAGGCACUCUCUAUCUCUGGUGGUUCACAGGAUCAAGAGGACGUUACCAAUAAACAUGGUGGUACAGUGACGAAUGGUCGAUCUCCUGUCAUCACUCCAGCAAAAGGCAGUCGUGAGCCGGCGAUUGACUAUAAGAAUUUCGGUCACGUACUGGAAUUAUACAAUUUUCGUAAGGAACUUAGCUCCGCCGACCUUCAAGCCGAGUUGGCAGGUUUCGAAGACAGUGGGUUCUAUUUAAAGUGGGUGGACGACACCCAUUGUCUUGCCGUGUUCUCUUCAAAAUCCGAAGCUGACCGCGCUCUCUCGCAAAUAUCUGGAUUACUGGUUGAAGCACGCCAGUUUAAAGACGCUUCAUUGGAAAGCAAACUCAAACUCGCUAAAUCACCCGGCGAUUGGGCAAUGCCCUACAAAAAGCGUCCACCAACCAGUUCCAGCACUGCUCAUCGGCUAAUACUUGGGCACUUGAGUUUACGGUCGACAAAUCCUAAGAGUCCACAGGAGUUAGAGAAGGAAAAACGUGACAAAGAGGCCUUGCAGGAAGCUCGUGCUCAACACGAACGGCGUAAGAAAGCUGAGAAGGCAAUUUGGGAUGAUGAAAGAUGGGAUUUUCCUUAAACUGGUCAUGUUCUCACGGACUGCAUCUCCUUGUGUUCUCGGACUUUUCCUGGAGUUUGGGAUGUCCUAUGGCCCAACUCGUGCCAUUCUUUGUCCAUUCUGUCACAUACCGUCUGACUGACGCCAGUGCAGUGCGAUGCGACUCUGCUCCUCCGUAUGUUUAAUCGCCCCCAGGAAUGGAAGACUAAAUGGGAUGUUGCUUAUCACAGAUACUGCUUUUGGCAAUUUCUAGACGCAAUCAGGGUCGCCAACAACUGGGAUGAUUUUAUUUCGUCUAUUCGACCCUGUCACACCGCGGUACUGCUCACAUAACUGUUAUCUUUACUCAACACGAUUUGGUGUAUUUUCAUGACUCACUAUCGAACUCCGUUGUGUGUUUGUCAGCAACCACAGCGUUAUUAUGUUUGAUUAAGUGACGUGCUACAGAUUUAGUGCUGUAUUAUUUUUUCAUCACACUUGUACACCUUUGGCGUGUGCAAUAAAGGCCAUGCUAUCAUUUUCGU